AUGGCGCCAACGAAGGAAGGAAACUCGAAAGGGAACUAUCAGUUUGUAAGGCGAGACGGGCAACUGCUGCGUGGAGAGGAGGCAGAAGAGGAGAGUGCAAACGUCUUCGCAGAAGAGGUGAUAAAAGAGAUAAAGGACAAACAAAGGGAGGAGAAUAGACUGCUGCGUUUUAGACACCCAGCUUUUGGCAAAGACAUUUCUUCUGUGUCUCAGGACACAGACGGCGUCCCUACUAGGCACUCAACAAAGGACGAUGAUGGCGAAGAGAAGAAAACAUCCAGGAAGCGUAACACCAGCGCACACGCCGUCAGAAAGCGAGUUCUAAGUGCAGAGAAAGAUUCUGUUUCCACCGAGGUGGACGACCAGGCGAAAGCGUUCGCCACGGGUCUUAACUUGGCCGCGCUGACGGCUGAUGUUGACAUGGCUUCCCUGACGUUCUCCCCCCAGGCUACCGCCGCAGCCACCGGGCUUGAAGGUACCGUUUUAACCGCACAGGCUCACGGCGGAACCGUAGAAACCGACGUGCAAGCAAAGGCCGACGUCAAAGGGGCAGAAGUUGUUGCAGGAAACGUGGACGCGAGGGCGGUAGACGAACAUCUCUUCGUUGGGGCCGAGGCCCUGGUCAGCGGCGCGGAUGUGAAGGUUGGAAACGCCAGCGUUGCCGCAGUCAAGAUGGAACACAGGGCCGGCGCAACGUUUGAAGCAAAGGGUAUCGAGGUGAAAGCGAUGAACGUGGACGCAGCAGGGGUGCGGCAGGAGCAAGACGUCGGCGUCUACGUGGGCGCGAAGGCCGUGGAAGUAUCCGCGAUGAACGCCCGGGUCAGUGGAGCAGAAAACAAAGUGGAAGCAAGAGCCGGCGUCGAGCUUGCCCUGCUGAAGGUCGGAGGGUUCAACCAGGAGAGCGACACCGUGAACCACGCACCGAUGUUGGAUUUCACGCUGCUAGACUUACGCGUGCCGGGUAAAGGCACAGGAGCGACGACCGUCAGGGCCGGAGGGGGUGCCGGUAGCUCCAGCAACAGCGGGACUAACAAGGGAAGUUCUAAUGACGGAACGCACAAAAAUGGGGAGAUGUCAAAAACAAUAGAAGGGCCAGUGGCAGGGGGAAACUGUGGCAAUGGAACAGGCCUGGCUGCGGCUGGAGCGAAGGCGCAGAGCAACAAUGACGGUCUUAAUGUAAAUGGCAACAACACGAAAGUUUCUCCAACAGCUUCGGGAAAUACCGAAACACGCGGUAAUGGAUCAAACACAGGAGGGAAAUCUGAAACCACUGAAGAAAAAGUAGGUACUUCUGAAGCCAAAUCCAGCUUGAAAGCAAACGAUGUGCAACUUAGACCAGUCGUCCCUAAAGGCAAAAUAGCACCUCAAGCAAUACACGUCAUUCCAACUUCAGUCAUCGAUGAAACUCGACAAGACGGAGAAGACAAAACCAGUGGGCGCAAAAAUCGCGCAGUCAUAAGUCAGAACGAUGUGUCAAGCCGUGUUCCACGAGUGGACGGCCUUGGUAGGACUCCUACUCUCCGACAUACUGUCACCGGGGCUGCUGUAGCGAAAGGAAGCGUCGGUCAUCAGAGGGGUGGACGUGGACGGACUGGCGGCAACUCACGGCUCCAAGGAGUGGCUGUCACUGAGGACGAUGGCCUGACCUUGCGUGAACUUCACCAGCAUGGCAGGCCUCACCAGCUCCCCUCUAUCACGCGGGAUACCCCUCAGACUCAGUCUAGCAACCGUCGCGGUAAGAUGAGACCUGACGGAGAUCGUUUGAAAGAGAAAACCAAUCGCGACGACGCCAGUGCAAGGCACUCUGCACGAGAAAAGCAACGUUUGCCCGAUCAACGCACGACAAAACCCCUGACAGCAAACAGAGGUAGACGCACCCCUGCCUCCCCUCAACCGAAAUUUCCCCAAACGACAGGAAAACAGCACCUAGCACGUACGGACCGGACACAUCGUGGGGAAAUAGAGCCGCAGACUACCACAAGAAAGGGUCAAACUAACGGUAGACACACUCGCCUUGACGAAAUACGAACGCCAGCCAGACGAACCCCAGGAAAUGACGCAAGGAAAGGCGCUUCUAAGUCGGCCGCGAAAGGCAAACGUAACCCAGAGAACUCAGCAGCCAGGGAAAAACUACCCCCUCUAACCUUCAACGACAGGGUGCUGAAUAAAGUAACCAGUGAAGCAGGCCCAAUGCCGGCGAGGUCUCAACCUCCCAGACCCACAUCUAGGAGGAGGUCGGCGUCCAAGUUCCAGGCGCUCGAUAGGGAAGCUUUGCGUAAUAGAUUGCUUCAGAAAUACGCACCAUCACAAAGUGCAGCUGCGUUUGACAAGACUGGGACAGCAUCUACUAGUAGUAAACGGGAAGACAAGGCCGAAGAGACAGUCGUGGUGAAGAAAAAGCCGACGGGGUUGAACAAGAACAUUCAUGGUUUCGACACUCUCGGAAUGGAGACCAGUAAAGGCGUAAAGCGCCUUGGUAGGAACAUUCAUGGAUUUGGUAGCUGAACGCACCUUGUGGCCUGCUAU